CUGUGUGGUGAUGUCUGCAGUCCAUCCUUAUGUGGCGAGGAUGCAGAAUGUCAUACUCUUUCCAACAGACCAUCUUGCUUCUGUCCUCCUGGAACAACAGGUAAUCCUACCAUCAAGUGUACUGCUAUACUGACUGAGCGGCCCAGUACUCUUCAUCCUCCUAUUGCUGAGACACUUCCACCACCACCAGCAGUACCAGUUCAGCCCAUUUCAAGUCCCUCUCACACACCACAUCCACCUAUAGCUGAUGUUGGAACUCCAAGACCACUACCUCUUCCAUUUGAUGAACCGGAGAAGCCCCUUCCUCCAAUAAUACCACCUAUUGCAAUUGCUUGUGAGAAUAAUGACGACUGCACAAUUGAUAACACCUGUUACAACAGGUUGUGUUAUGAUGUUUGCGUCUUAGGAAUAUGUGGUGAAGAGGCAACCUGUACAAUCACUAUACAUCGUCCAGUAUGUACAUGCCCACCUGGAACGACAGGAAAUCCUACUGACAGGUGUAUUGCACUACUAACAGAAAAACCAACAACUUUCAGUCCAAUAGCAGAAACAAACCCUCCCACUAAAGAUGAACCAAUAAUUCCAGAAGCUCUUCCCGGUUCCACUACUAUGAUACCACUAGUUGACCCCAUUCAUAAAAGACCCACAACACCUAUACCACUUCCUCCAGAGCCACCUACACCUAGUCCAAUAGUUGUCGGUUGUGAAAGCACAGAUGCAUGUCCAUCAGACAAUUCUUGCAUCAAUAAACUGUGCCUCGACGUCUGUUUCCCAGGGUUUUGUGGUGAAAAUGCAGAAUGUCAGACAGUUCAGCAUCGACCAAAAUGUAAAUGCCCUCCAGGAACAUCAGGCAAUCCAACAAUCAAGUGUUCUGCAAUAGCAGUUGAUGUUCUACCUCUCCCAAUUGCUGAACCUAAGCCUGCUCCACCUCAUGAACAAGUUAUCCCAAUUGCAGGUCCAACAACCACAGGUUUGCCACCACUAGCAGAACACGUAACUCGUCCACGCCCAGAUAUAACAGUGACACAACCCGUACCUCCACCAGUGAUACCAUCUAUAAUAAUUGCAUGUGAGAAUAAUGAUGAUUGUGAAAUGAGCAAUUCAUGCAUCAAUAUGUUGUGUUAUGAUGCAUGCAGUCUCAAUUCUUGUGGCGAAGAAGCUGACUGUAAAACAAUUAAUCACCGUCCAGUUUGCAUCUGUCCACCAGGAACUACUGGUGAUCCACAGGUUGGAUGCAAAGCUACAACAACUGAAAGAGUGACAACUCACUCUCCAAUGACUGAUAGGCCACCUCAGCAACCUGUAGUUCCUAUUCAACCUAUUGCUGGUCCAUCAUCUGAACUUCCUAUACCAGUAGCAGAAGAGCCAACCACAAGGCCACCAGAACUUCCUUUGACAACACACAGACCUGUGCCAACACCUCCCAUGAUCCCCAUUGGUUGUGAGAGCACUGAUGAUUGUCCAUUUGAUAAUUCAUGUGUCAACCGUCUCUGUAUGGAUGUUUGCCACCCAGGGCUAUGCGGAGAAAAUGCUGACUGUCAAACAGUAGGACACAAACCCUCUUGUCUGUGUCCUCCAGGCACUACUGGAAAUCCAACUGACCACUGUGUGGCAUUAGGAACAGACAGACCAACCACAGUUAUCCCCCUUGCAGAGAGACCAAUUCCUCCAUCGGAUGCUAAUAUUAUCCCUGGAAUAGGACCAUCCAGUACUCCUCUUCCACCACUAGCAGAAACAUCAAUCAGACCCACUGAACCACCAUUACCUUCAACAACUCCAUCUCCUAUUGUACCACCAAUUGUAAUAGCGUGUGAAAACAAUGAUGACUGUACAACAGACAAUUCGUGUAUUAAUAAUCUGUGUUAUGAUGUGUGCAGCUUAGGUAUUUGUGGAGAUGAUGCUGACUGUAGAAUACGUGAUCAUCGUCCAGUGUGUAGCUGUCCUCCAGGGACCACAGGAGAUCCUACACGUGGAUGUUAUGCAGAGCUCACCGAAAGGCCUCUAUCUCCUCCUUCUCCAAUACCAGAGACUCGACCACCUCAAGAUGAAGCUCCAAUAAGACCCAUUGCAGAAUCAUCAAGCCCAGGUCUUCCUCCUCUGGCAGAACUCCCAACACCAAGGCCUAAACCACCUCCAGUUACAACACCUCCUCCACCACCCACACCAGGUCCCAUACCUGUUGGAUGUGAAACAACAGAUGAUUGUCCAUCUGAUAAUUCUUGUGUGAAUAGACUGUGUCUUGAUGUCUGUUAUCCUGGAAUAUGUGGGAAUAAUGCAGAAUGUCAAACACAUGGACAUCGUCCCUUAUGUACUUGUCCACCAGGAACAACUGGCAAUCCUACCAUCAAGUGCUCAGCAAUGGUUGUUGAUACCCCUUCUACCCCAUAUCCUCCUAUUGCAGGUGAACAACCAGUUCAGCCAGAUUCUCCUAUCAGUCCUAUCUCAGGUUCAUCUACCACUGGGCAGCCACCUCUGGCAGAAGAUACAAUCCGUACUACACCAGCACCAUUACCAGUCAGACCUACUCCACAACCUAUUGUCCCUCCCAUUUCUAUUGCUUGUGAAAACAAUGAUGAUUGUGACAUUGGGGACUCAUGUAUCAACAUGCUUUGUUAUGAUGCAUGUAGCCUUAACUUCUGUGGAGAAGAUGCUGACUGUAAGACAAUUGACCAUCGUCCAGUUUGUGUCUGUCCACCAGGAACCAGUGGAAAUCCUCAGAUUGGUUGUAAAGCUACAGUGACGGAAAAAGUGACAACUAUUCUCCAGCUAUGCGGAGAAAAUGCUGACUGUCAAACAGUGGGACACAAACCCUCUUGUCUGUGUCCUCCAGGCACUACUGGAAAUCCAACUGACCACUGUGUGGCAUUAGGAACAGACAGACCAACCACAGUUAUCCCCCUUGCAGAGAGACCAAUUCCUCCAUCGGAUGCUAAUAUUAUCCCUGGAAUAGGACCAUCCAGUACUCCUCUUCCACCACUAGCAGAAACAUCAAUCAGACCCACUGAACCACCAUUACCUUCAACAACUCCAUCUCCUAUUGUACCACCAAUUGUAAUAGCGUGUGAAAACAAUGAUGACUGUACAACAGACAAUUCGUGUAUUAAUAAUCUGUGUUAUGAUGUGUGCAGCUUGGGUAUUUGUGGAGAUGAUGCUGACUGUAGAAUACGUGAUCAUCGUCCAGUGUGUAGCUGUCCUCCAGGGACCACAGGAGAUCCUACACGUGGAUGUUAUGCAGAGCUCACCGAAAGGCCUCUAUCUCCUCCUUCUCCAAUACCAGAGACUCGACCACCUCAAGAUGAAGCUCCAAAUAAGACCCAUUGCAGAAUCAUCAAGCCAGGUCUUCCUCCUCUGGCAGAACUCCCAACACCAAGGCCUAAACCACCUCCAGUUACAACACCUCCUCCACCACCCACACCAGGUCCCAUACCUGUUGGAUGUGAAACAACAGAUGAUUGUCCAUCUGAUAAUUCUUGUGUGAAUAGACUGUGUCUUGAUGUCUGUUAUCCUGGAAUAUGUGGGAAUAAUGCAGAAUGUCAAACACAUGGACAUCGUCCCUUAUGUACUUGUCCACCAGGAACAACUGGCAAUCCUACCAUCAAGUGCUCAGCAAUGGUUGUUGAUACCCCUUCUACCCCAUAUCCUCCUAUUGCAGGUGAACAACCAGUUCAGCCAGAUUCUCCUAUCAGUCCUAUCUCAGGUUCAUCUACCACUGGGCAGCCACCUCUGGCAGAAGAUACAAUCCGUACUACACCAGCACCAUUACCAGUCAGACCUACUCCACAACCUAUUGUCCCUCCCAUUUCUAUUGCUUGUGAAAACAAUGAUGAUUGUGACAUUGGGGACUCAUGUAUCAACAUGCUUUGUUAUGAUGCAUGUAGCCUUAACUUCUGUGGAGAAGAUGCUGACUGUAAGACAAUUGACCAUCGUCCAGUUUGUGUCUGUCCACCAGGAACCAGAGGAGAUCCUCAGAUUGGCUUUGUAGCUACAGUGACGGAAAAAGUGACAACUAUUCCUCCAGUGACAGACAGACCACCUCAACAACCUGUAGUUCCUAUUCAACCUAUUGCUGGUCCAUCAUCUGAACUUCCCAUACCAGUAGCAGAAGAGCCAACCACAAGGCCACCAGAACUUCCUUUGACAACAUAUAGACCUGUACCAACACCUCCCAUGAUCCCCAUUGGUUGUGAGAGCACUGAUGAUUGUCCAUUUGAUAAUUCAUGUGUCAACCGUCUUUGUAUGGAUGUUUGCCACCCAGGAUUAUGCGGAGAAAAUGCUGACUGUCAAACAGUGGGACACAAACCCUCUUGUUUGUGUCCUCCAGGCACUACUGGAAAUCCAACUGACCACUGUGUGGCAUUAGGAACAGACAGACCAACCACAGUUAUCCCCCUUGCAGAGAGACCAAUUCCUCCAUCGGAUGCUAAUAUUAUCCCUGGAAUAGGACCAUCCAGUACUCCUCUUCCACCACUAGCAGAAACAUCAAUCAGGCCCACUGAACCACCAUUACCUUCAACAACUCCAUCUCCUAUUGUACCACCAAUUGUAAUAGCGUGUGAAAACAAUGAUGACUGUACAACAGACAAUUCGUGUAUUAAUAAUCUGUGUUAUGAUGUGUGCAGCUUGGGUAUUUGUGGAGAUGAUGCUGACUGUAGAAUACGUGAUCAUCGUCCAGUGUGUAGCUGUCCUCCAGGGACCACAGGAGAUCCUACACGUGGAUGUUACGCAGAGCUCACCGAAAGGCCUCUAUCUCCUCCUUCUCCAAUACCAGAGACUCGACCACCUCAAGAUGAAGCUCCAAUAAGACCCAUUGCAGAAUCAUCAAGCACAGGUCUUCCUCCUCUGGCAGAACUCCUAACACCAAGGCCUAAACCACCUCCAGUUACAACACCUCCUCCACCACCCACACCAGGUCCCAUACCUGUUGGAUGUGAAACAACAGAUGAUUGUCCAUCUGAUAAUUCUUGUGUGAAUAGACUGUGUCUUGAUGUCUGUUAUCCUGGAAUAUGUGGGAAUAAUGCAGAAUGUCAAACACAUGGACAUCGUCCCUUAUGUACUUGUCCACCAGGAACAACUGGCAAUCCUACCAUCAAGUGCUCAGCAAUGGUUGUUGAUACCCCUUCUACCCCAUAUCCUCCUAUUGCAGGUGAACAACCAGUUCAGCCAGAUUCUCCUAUCAGUCCUAUCUCAGGUUCAUCUACCACUGGGCAGCCACCUCUGGCAGAAGAUACAAUCCGUACUACACCAGCACCAUUACCAGUCAGACCUACUCCACAACCUAUUGUCCCUCCCAUUUCUAUUGCUUGUGAAAACAAUGAUGAUUGUGACAUUGGGGACUCAUGUAUCAACAUGCUUUGUUAUGAUGCAUGUAGCCUUAACUUCUGUGGAGAAGAUGCUGACUGUAAGACAAUUGACCAUCGUCCAGUUUGUGUCUGUCCACCAGGAACCAGAGGAGAUCCUCAGAUUGGCUGUGUAGCUACAGUGACGGAAAAAGUGACAACUAUUCCUCCAGUGACAGACAGACCACCUCAACAACCUGUAGUUCCUAUUCAACCUAUUGCUGGUCCAUCAUCUGAACUUCCCAUACCAGUAGCAGAAGAGCCAACCACAAGGCCACCAGAACUUCCUUUGACAACAUACAGACCUGUACCAACACCUCCCAUGAUCCCCAUUGGUUGUGAGAGCACUGAUGAUUGUCCAUUUGAUAAUUCAUGUGUCAACCGUCUUUGUAUGGAUGUUUGCCACCCAGGACUAUGCGGAGAAAAUGCUGACUGUCAAACAGUGGGACACAAACCUUCUUGUGUAUGUCCUCCAGGCACUACUGGAAAUCCAACUAAACAUUGUUUGGCACUGGUAACAGACAGACCAACCACAGUUAUCCCCCUUGGAGAGAGACCACAACCUCCAGCUGAUGUUAACAUUAUUCCGGGAAUAGGACCAUCCAGUACUCCUCUUCCACCACUAGCAGAAACAUCAAUCAGACCCACUGAACCACCAUUACCUUCAACAACUCCAUCUCCCAUUGUACCACCAAUUGUAAUAGCGUGUGAAAAUAAUGAUGACUGUACAACAGAUAACUCCUGCAUCAAUAAUUUAUGCUAUGAUGUGUGCAGCUUAGGUAUUUGUGGAGAUGAUGCUGACUGUAGAAUCCAUGACCAUCGUCCAGUGUGUAGCUGUCCUCCAGGGACCACAGGAGAUCCUACACGUGGAUGUUAUGCAGAGCUCACCGAAAGGCCUCUUUCUCCUCCUUCUCCAAUACCAGAGACACGGCCACCUCAAGAUGAAGCUCCAAUAAGACCCAUUGCCGAAUCAUCAAGCCCAGGUCUUCCUCCUUUGGCAGAACUCCCAACACCAAGGCCUAAACCACUUCCAGUUACAACACCACCUCCACCACCCACACCAGGUCCCAUACCUGUUGGAUGUGAAACAACAGAUGAAUGCCCAUCUGAUAAUUCUUGUAUAAACAGACUAUGUCUUAAUGUCUGUUAUCCUGGUAUAUGUGGAAGCAAUGCAGAAUGUCAAACACAUGGACAUCGUCCCUUAUGUACUUGUCCACCAGGAACAACUGGCAAUCCUACCAUCAAGUGCUCAGCAGUGGCUUUUGAUAUACCUACCACACCAUAUCCUCCUGUUGCUGGUGAACAACCAGUUCAGCCAGAUUCUCCAAUCAGUCCUAUCUCAGGUUCAUCUACCACUGGGCAGCCACCUCUGGCAGAAGAUACAAUCCGUACUACACCAGCACCAUUACCAGUCAGACCUAUUCCACAACCUGUUAUUCCUCCUAUUUCUAUUGCUUGUGAAAACAAUGAUGAUUGUGACAUUGGGGACUCGUGUAUCAACAUGCUUUGUUAUGAUGCAUGUAGCCUUAACUUCUGUGGAGAAGAUGCUGACUGUAAGACAAUAGACCAUCGUCCAGUUUGUGUCUGUCCACCAGGAACCAGUGGAAAUCCUCAGAUUGGUUGUGUAGGUACAGUGACGGAAAAAGUAACAACUAUUCCUCCAGUGACAGAUAGACCACCUCAACAACCUGUAGUUCCUAUUCAACCUAUUGCUGGUCCAUCAUCUGAACUUCCCAUACCAGUAGCAGAAGAGCCAACCACAAGGCCACCAGAACUUCCUUUGACAACAUACAGACCUGUACCAACACCUCCCAUGAUCCCCAUUGGUUGUGAGAGCACUGAUGAUUGUCCAUUUGAUAAUUCAUGUGUCAACCGUCUUUGUAUGGAUGUUUGCCACCCAGGACUAUGCGGAGAAAAUGCUGACUGUCAAACAGUGGGACACAAACCUUCUUGUGUAUGUCCUCCAGGCACUACUGGAAAUCCAACUGACCACUGUGUGGCAUUGGUAACAGACAGACCAACCACAGUCAUCCCCCUUGCAGAGAGACCACUUCCUCCAUCGGAUGCUAAUAUUAUCCCUGGAAUAGGACCAUCCAGUACUCCUCUUCCACCACUAGCAGAAACAUCAAUCAGACCCAUUGAACCACCAUUACCUUCAACAACUCCAUCUCCUAUUGUACCACCAAUAGUAAUUGCUUGUGAAAACAAUGAUGACUGUACAACAGACAAUUCGUGUAUUAAUAAUCUAUGUUAUGAUGUGUGCAGCUUGGGUAUUUGUGGAGAAGAUGCCCAAUGUAGGAUUGAUAAUCAUCGUCCUGUGUGUAGUUGUCCUCCAGGAACCACAGGAGAUCCAACUCGAGGAUGUAAUGCUUUGCUCACUGAAAGGCCUCCAUCUACUCUCUCUCCUAUAUCAGAGAUUCGACCACCAAAGGAUGAGGUUUCCAUAACUCCUGUUACUGAACCAGCAAGGCCUGGACUCCCUCCACUGGCAGAGCAACCCAAGCCAAGGCCAACAUUACCUCCAGUAACUCCACCUCCACCACCACCCACACCAGGUCCUAUAACUGUGGGAUGUGAGUCUACAGAAGAGUGUCCUUCUGACAAUUCCUGUGUAAAUAAACUGUGCCUGAACAUGUGUUAUCCAGGAUUCUGUGGAGAAAAUGCAGACUGUCAGACUCAAGCACAUCGACCUAUCUGUAGCUGUCCACCUGGUACCACAGGAAAUCCAACCAUCAAGUGCUCUGCUAUGGUUGUAAAAGAGCCACCAACGCUUCAGCCUCCAAUGGCAGAAGAGAAACCACUACAUCCAGAUUCUCCAAUUAGACCAAUUGCAGGUUCCACAACCACUUUGCAGCCACCUUUAAUAGAAGAAACUGUGCGUCCUACACCAGAACCGCUUCCAACACGACCUCCACCACCAGCUCUUGUUCCAGCAUUACCUAUUGCUUGUGAAAAUAAUGAUGAUUGCGAUGUAGACAACUCUUGCCUGAACAAGCUUUGUUAUGAUGCCUGCACUCUUGGUAUAUGUGGAGAUGAUGCAGAGUGUGAAACUGUAGACCACCGACCUGUAUGUCUUUGUCCAUAUGGAACAAGUGGGGAUCCUCAAGUAGGAUGCAAAGCAAUGGUAGCAGAAAUGCCUGUAACAAUUUCACCAAUAGUUGAACAGUCGCAGGUCAGUGAUGUACCCAUUCAUGCCAUCCCAGGCCCAUCUUCAACUCCACAAUCUCCCAUCGCUGAACUACCAACGACACGACCACCUGAACCUCCAAUGCCUCUGCCUCCAGCAAUUCCAACACCUCCACCCAAUCCAGUAGGCUGUGAAAGCACAGAUGACUGUCCAUAUGACAACAGCUGCAUCAACCGUCUUUGUCUGGAUGUAUGUCAUCCUGGUCUGUGUGGUGACAGUGCUGAUUGCCAGACCAUUGGCCAUAGACCUCUCUGUGUGUGCCCUCCUGGCACUACAGGCAACCCUACAGAGAGCUGCAAGGCAGUUGCUACUGACAGACCGACAACUUUCUCUCCUGUAACAGGCGCCCCAGGCAUAACUCCAGAUCAUCAGAUUGUACCAGGAAUUGGACCAUCAACGCCAACACCACCACCUCUAGCUGAGACACCAACACCAAGACCUCCAUUGCCAACAACUCCCAGACCUCCUCCACCUCCAGUUGUUCCACCUUUCGUAAUUGCUUGUACAAACAAUGAUGACUGUACAAUGGAUAACUCUUGCAUCAACAACCUUUGCUAUGAUGUAUGUAGUCUUGGAGUGUGUGGAGAUGAUGCAGACUGUAAGAUUCAUAAUCAUCGCCCAGUUUGCAGUUGUCCUCCAGGAACCACAGGAGAUCCUUCCUAUGGAUGUCAGGCAAUGCUUACAGAAGGCCAUUGGUACCACCUUCACCUAUUCCAGAAAUCAGUCCAACUCAGCCAGGCCUUUGUGGAGAAAGUGCUGAUUGCCAGACUCAAGGAAAUCGUCCAUUAUGUAAAUGUCCACCAGGAACAACUGGAAACCCAAACCAUCAAGUGUUCUGCAAUGGCCUUUGAUGAACCACCAAAACCAUACCCACCAGAAGUAGGCAAAGAACCUGUACAACCAGAUUCUCCAAUCAGUCCCAUUGCAGGUCCUACAACCACAGGACUCCCACCUCUGGUAGCAGAUUCACCUCGUCCCACACCCGAACCUCUACCACCACGACCUCCACCACCACCAAUUGUUCCAGCAAUUCCCAUUGCAUGUGAAAAUAAUGAUGACUGUGAUGUGGACAACUCUUGCUUAAACAAAUUGUGUUAUGAUGCUUGCAGCCUUGGAAUUUGUGGAGAUGAUGCUGAAUGUACAACUGUCAAUCACAGACCAGUCUGCCUUUGUCCUCAUGGAACCUCUGGUGAUCCUCAAGUAGGAUGCCCAUCUUCAACUCCACAAUCUCCCAUCGCUGAACUACCAACGACACGACCACCUGAACCUCCAAUGCCUCUGCCUCCAGCAAUUCCAACACCUCCACCCAAUCCAGUAGGCUGUGAAAGCACAGACGACUGUCCAUAUGACAACAGCUGCAUCAACCGUCUUUGUCUGGAUGUAUGUCAUCCUGGUCUGUGUGGUGACAGUGCUGAUUGCCAGACCAUUGGCCAUAGACCUCUCUGUGUGUGCCCUCCUGGCACUACAGGCAACCCUACAGAGAGCUGCAAGGCAGUUGCUACUGACAGACCGACAACUUUCUCUCCUGUAACAGGCGCCCCAGGCAUAACUCCAGAUCAUCAGAUUGUACCAGGAAUUGGACCAUCAACGCCAACACCACCACCUCUAGCUGAGACACCAACACCAAGACCUCCAUUGCCAACAACUCCCAGACCUCCUCCACCUCCAGUUGUUCCACCUUUCGUAAUUGCUUGUACAAACAAUGAUGACUGUACAAUGGAUAACUCUUGCAUCAACAACCUUUGCUAUGAUGUAUGUAGUCUUGGAGUGUGUGGAGAUGAUGCAGACUGUGAUCCAAUUAGACCCAUAGCUGAACCAACAAGUCCUGGACUUCCUCCUGUGGCUGAACUUCCUACACCAAGACCAACAUUGCCUCCAGUGACUCAGCCACCUCCACCACCCACACCUGGUCCCCUACCUGUAGGAUGUGAAACUUCUGAUGAAUGUCCAUCUGAUAACUCCUGCGUAAACAGACUCUGUCUUGAUGUUUGUUAUCCAGGCCUUUGUGGAGAAAGUGCUGAUUGCCAGACUCAAGGAAAUCGUCCAUUAUGUAAAUGUCCACCAGGAACAACUGGAAACCCAACCAUCAAGUGUUCUGCAAUGGCCUUUGAUGAACCACCAAAACCAUACCCACCAGAAGUAGGCAAAGAACCUGUACAACCAGAUUCUCCAAUCAGUCCCAUUGCAGGUCCUACAACCACAGGACUCCCACCUCUGGUAGCAGAUUCACCUCGUCCCACAGAACCUUACCACCACGACCUCCACCCACCAUUAACGUCUGACUGCGUAGUCGACGAGGAGUGCCCAUCGUGGCUCGCCUGCAUCGACCAGGAGUGCGAAGACCCGUGCAACUGCGGCCCCAACGCUGAGUGCCGCGUUGUUAACCAUCGUCCCCAGUGCUUGUGUCUACCAGGCUACGAGGGCAACGCCGUCGUCGAGUGCACGCUGAGACCCGUCGGCGAACCGUCCUUCAAGGAGUGCCAGACCGACGGCGACUGCCCGAGCAAGCUGGCGUGCUUCGACGGCCGCUGCGACGACCCUUGCCUCGUGGUCAAGCCCUGCGGGGUCAACGCCAAGUGCGAGGUCAUCGACACCCUGCCCUACAGAACCAUGACGUGCGAGUGCCUCCCGGGCUUCAUCGGAAACGCCUACGUCGAGUGCUCGCCACGCCCGACAGAACCCCCAGGCUGUGCUGCCGAUGACGAGUGUGGCUCGACCGAGAUUUGCCGCAACCGACAGUGCCUCGACCCCUGUGCCAUCCUCAACCCGUGCGCGCCCAAUGCCGAGUGCCAGGUCCUCGACCGUCGGCCCCAGUGUUCGUGCCCGCCCGGAUACACAGGCAACCCGAACGUGAACUGCUACCUGAUUCCGCCGCUGGAGCCCGCCUGCCGCGCCGACCCCGACUGCCCGACGGACGAGGCGUGCAUCAACCAGAUCUGCGUGGACCCGUGCCUGAUGGAGGACCCGUGCGGCCGCAACGCCCUCUGCAGGACCCAGCAGCACCGCCCAACCUGCUCGUGCCCCGAGGGAUGGGCGGGCAACCCCCAGAUCGAGUGCUUCCAGCCCGAUUGCCUGGUGGACGAGGACUGUCCCACGGACAAGGCGUGUGUCAGCCAGAACUGUGUAGACCCGUGCUCGUACAGCGGCCCCGCCUGCGGUCUCAACGCCGAGUGCAGAGCCGUGCUGCACCGUGCCCAGUGCUAUUGCCCGCCGGGUAUGCAGGGCAACCCCAGUGUGGCUUGCGUGGCGGUGGGAUGCACCUCCAGCGAGGACUGCGCCGACGAUAAGGCCUGCGACCGCCUCAACCGAGUCUGUAUCCCCGUGUGCGAAGCCUCCACGUGCGCCGUGCAGGCCGAGUGCCGCGCCGCCAACCACGCAGCCAUGUGCAUAUGCCCACCGCCAUUCACGGGCAACCCAUACCUCCAGUGCUUCCAAGUGCAAGAGCCGCCCAUAACGGAGACCCCGGUGGAGCCCGAGUGCCGCAGAGACUCCGACUGCCCCUCGCAGCACGCCUGCAUCAACGCCAUAUGCCAGAAUCCCUGCGCGCUCGGAAACCCCUGCCUGCCGUCCCAGGAGUGCCGCGUGGUCGACGGAGUGCCGCUCAGAACCAUGGUUUGCGAGUGUCCGCCCAACCAGAUCUUGGUCAAGGAUGGCGUCUGCAUCAGACCAGGCGCGGUCGAACCGCAGUGCCGCGUUGACCAAGACUGCGCCGACCACGAAGACUGUCGGGAAGGCACCUGCGUGAACGUGUGCCGCCCCGACCCGUGUGGCCUGAACGCCAUCUGCAUGGGAGAGAACCAUCAGUCGCGCUGCCAGUGUGCCCCGAGCUACAUUGGCGACCCCUUCGUGCAGUGCAGGAGGAAACCCGCCGUAUCCGAGACCCCCGACCCCGAGUGCACGACCGACGACCAGUGCAGCGACUCGGAAUCCUGCGUCAACCAGUACUGCGUGAACCCGUGCAUCCUGGACGACCCCUGCGCACCCAACGCUUUCUGCUACGUGCGCGAACACCGCCCCGUCUGCAGGUGUCCGGAGGGCUUCGUCGGCGAUCCAAAGAUUGAGUGUCGACCUUCCCUAGUUCGAGUGUUACUAACCAAGCGGGUAUGUUUAGCGACAGUGCCAAUUCCGGGCGGGGCCACAAACUGGACCACAGGGGGCACAGGCAAGGCUUGCCGCGCCCACCGGGACUGCGGGCCCGACCAGUGGUGCGAGGGCGGUCAGUGCCUCCGCCCAUGCCCCUCCGCGUGCCCUCCCACUGCACUGUGCCGCGUGCAUGACCAGCGCCCCGUGUGCUCCUGCCCCCCCAGCUCCACCGGCAACCCCCAGGACCAGUGCCACCCAUUCGGCUGUGUGACAGACGAUGACUGCCCUUUCACUGAAAAAUGCUUCCGUGGUCAGUGCCGCAACCCAUGCAACGCUGGCCGCCCAUGCGCACCCACGGCCACUUGCACACCAUCCAACCACCACGCACUGUGCACGUGUCCACCUGGUUACACGGGAAGUCCAACUGACUCCUGUGUACCAGUGGGUUGUACCUCCUCUAACGAAUGCCCAAGUGACCAGGCCUGCUACAGGGGAUCCUGUGUGAACCCCUGUGUCCUGGAUUCCCCCUGUGGGCCUGGCACCUCCUGCCUUACCACUGGUCACACAGCCACGUGCGCCUGUCGCCCUGGGCUUUUUGGAGACCCACAUAUUUCAUGCACAGCCCCAGGAACCACGUCCCCGCAGUGCAAGACGGACUUUGACUGCGUAGGAACAAAGGGUUGUAUUGAUGGAACAUGCAAAGACCUGUGUACCUAUCUGCGUCCUUGUGGCGAGAACGCUCUCUGCCGCACUAUAGACAUGGCCAAUUUGCGAACAGUUUCUUGUGAGUGCCCACCAGGUCAUACUGGAAGUGCCUAUGAAAAGUGCCAAAAAGUAGAUGAAGAACAGCCCAAGUGCCAAUUAGAUGCCGAGUGUCCCUUGUUCGAAGGCUGCAUCGAUGCCCAGUGCAAGGACCCAUGCGAAGAAAACCCGUGCGCCCUGAAUGCAGAGUGCCGUGCGGUCAACCACCGUGCCAUCUGCUACUGUCCCCCUGGCUACACUGGGGACGGACACACAUCCUGCUCUCGCCUUGAGUGUAGCCGCGACACAGACUGCCUCGAGGACAGUGUUUGCUUCAACAACAGGUGUACGUUGUCUUGCACUCUCUCAAGGCCUUGUGGCACAAAUGCAAAGUGCCACGCCUCCUUACACAGAUCAGAAUGCCAGUGUCUCCCAGGCUACAAAGGAGACCCUUACACACUGUGCUCAAGUGUUCAGUGCACCUCCGAUGACUCAUGUCCCUCCACACACACUUGUUAUGGCAAGACCUGUGUAGACCCAUGUCAGCAAGACCAGCCAUGCCAUCCGUCACAGGAAUGUAAGGUCGUCAACCACAAGCCCGUCUGCAGCUGCCCUGCUGGCUUCACACAACAGACAGACAAGUGUAUCCCUAUAGGUCUUGGAUGCUCUGUUGAUAAUGACUGCAACUCCGGUGAGGGUUGCGUGGAUGGAAAAUGUACAGACCUUUGUCGAGAUAAUCCCUGCGGGCUAAAGGCAACCUGCACUGUACAAAACGGCCGUCCUCUGGCCAGUGUCUUGUGCCAGUGCGGGCCAGGCCUGACUGGAGACCCAUUCAGAGAGUGUGUCACCGUGCCAGCCCCAAAACCAGGCUGCACUACAGAGUACGACUGUCCAUGGGAUGAGACCUGCGAAGACGGCCGCUGUGUAGACCCAUGCCAGACCACUCGCUGUGCUCCAGGGGCCAUCUGCCGCGCCCUUGGACACCGUGGCGUCUGCUCCUGUGCUGCUGGCUCCAAGGGAGACCCCAACGUCCUCUGCACGACAAUUGGCUGUACACAACGGUCAGAUUGCCCAGUAGAAGAAGCAUGUGUCAACGGACGAUGUGUGGACCCAUGCAAGGAGAGGAACCCCUGUGGCCCCAGUGCCAAAUGCCAGACCACCAAGCAAGGCCCAGUAUGCACGUGUCCUGAAGGCUUUGAGGGCGAUGCCUAUAUCAGGUGCCAACCUUCAGGCUGCCAAGACAACUCCCAGUGCCCUGACAGCCAGGAGUGCCGUGAGGGAGAGUGCAUGGACCCGUGUGACCUCCAGCAGUGUGUAGCCAAUUCUGAAUGUUUUGUGCAGAAUCGCCGAGCAACAUGCAAGUGCCUCGAAGGGUACAGUGGAGACCCUGACCGAUUCUGCUCGCCACCGCCCUCUGCAGAAUGCCGCAGUGACAAGGACUGCCCUGCUUUGCAAGGUUGCAUUGAUGGGAAGUGCCAAGACCUCUGCGAGGUGAUUCACCCUUGUGGCACCAGUGCCGUGUGUAAGGUCAUUGACAACAGACCAUUCAAAGCAAUGUCCUGCUCUUGUCCCGACGGCUACGAGGGCGACCCCUACUACGCUUGCACUGCAGUUACUGAAGAAGACUGCAGCUCUGAUCUGGAGUGCCCCCUGCGCUUCUCUUGCGAGGCAGGGAAGUGCCGAAAUCCCUGCCCCGCCGGAUGUGGCACCAAUGCCACGUGCUCCGUCCUCAACCACCGCCCUGUGUGCCACUGUCAGCCAGGCUAUGCAGGCAUUCCGGAGGAAGGAUGUUAUAAGAUUGAUUGUGAAACUGACGAUAACUGCCAAGACUCAGAAAUCUGCAAACAGAACGUCUGUGUCGACCCGUGUCGCAAGGACAACUCUUGCCCACCAAGUGCCAAAUGUAUCACUGCCAAUCACCGUGCUCAGUGCCAGUGCCCCCCAGGCACCUCAGGGAACCCGCAGGUGUCCUGCCAGCUGGUGGAGUGCACGGCGGACCUGGACUGCAAGAGCUUCGAGGCCUGCGUCAACGGCGAGUGCAAGGACCCCUGCUCCUACUACAACCCCUGUGCCGUAGGCGCCACCUGUAGAGUCGCCAGCCAUGAAUACACUUGCACAUGCCCUCCAGGGCUUCAGGGCGACCCGAGGUUCAGCUGCGCGGCCCCGAAAGACCCUCUAGGGUGUGUCGUGGACAAAGACUGCCCCGACACCCACGGCUGCAUCCUCAGCUCGCUCGUGACGCGUUACCACAGCAAGAUUUCCGCCGUCUACGUCCGCUUCGACGAUAAGGACUCCGGCGCGACCUGCAGGGACCUCUGCGAGGAGCACAAGCCAUGCGGCCCCAACGCCGUCUGCUCGGUCAUCGACUCCAAGCCUCGGCGCUCCAUGAGCUGUGCCUGCCCGCCCGGCUUCCACGGCGACGCCAAGAUAGAGUGCCGAGAAAUUCCAUCUCAAGGAGGAUGUGUCCGUGAUACAGACUGUCUCUUCAGCGAGGCCUGCAUAGAAGGGCUGUGCCGAGACCCUUGCAACUGCGGCCUCAACGCCCAGUGCCACGUGUCGCAGCACCGCCCGUACUGCAGCUGCCCGUUCGGUCACGCCGGCGAUCCCAACGUUGCAUGCUACAGAACCGAGUGCAACAGCGACGUUGACUGUCCGAGCGACAAGGCCUGCGAGGAUCACGAGUGCGUGGAUCCCUGCGCGAGCGACGAGGCCCCGUGCGCCCCCUCGGCCCUGUGCAGAGUGCUCGGACACAAAGCGCAGUGCUCGUGCUCGCCAGGGGAGCGAGGUGACCCCAAGAUCCAGUGCCUGGCUAUUGCCUGCAGAGGCGACUCGGAGUGCCCUCACAACCUGGCGUGCGAGGACGACCAGUGUAUCGACCCGUGUGAAAGAGACGCGUGUGGUGUGGGCGCCGUGUGCUCAGUGACGGCCCACAAGCGCACCUGUCAGUGCCUCGAGGGGUACUCGGGCGACCCAGAGGUGGCGUGCCGCCCACAGAGCUGGGCUUGCGUGGUGGACCAUGACUGUGGUGUGGGAUUGGUGUGUGUGCGGGGAGGGUGUGCCGACCCUUGCAAGCAGGAAAGGCCGUGCGCAGCCAAUGCAAUGUGCACUGUGCAAGAAACAAGACCCAUCAAGUCCGUGACCUGCACCUGCCCGGCAGGGUUCACAGGCGACGCAGAAGUCCAGUGUCGCAAAAGUAUGAGAAAUGCAACUCACUCAACUCGAAUGUUGCCUGAUUAUUGCACUUGCAUCUCAGAUUCUUCUAGACCUAUCUCUUUAAUAUCAUCUAAUACCGAAAUUAAUAAUACCUUAUCAUUUAAUAUUAAGUUUAAUCACUUACCCUUUUUACAGGUUUAUCUAACCCCCCCGCCCGAGGCACCCUGCUCACGUGACAGCGAGUGCCCGGACGCCCUGGCCUGCCUGGAGGGCCAGUGCCUCGACCCGUGCGCGUGCGGGGAGGGCGCCCUCUGCCGAGUGACCAACCACCACCCAGUGUGCUCUUGCGCACCUGGCUACCGCGGAGACCCUUACACUGCCUGCUACGCCACGGGUUGCCGAACAAACUCGGAUUGCCCAGCGACAGACAGGUGCUUUAACGGAGAGUGCGUUAACCCGUGCUACGUCAGGAACCCGUGUGCAAUCAGUGCCGAGUGUUUUGCGACCCAACACGAAGCGCAGUGCCGCUGCCCAGCCGGCCUCGAGGGCGACCCGUACGUAAAGUGCGAGAGCCUGAGGUGCCGCGCCGACCACGAGUGCCCAGACGACAGAACGUGCAAAAACGGAUAUUGCGUCGAGGCCUGCCUGUACACCAGCUGUGCCACGGACGCCAACCACCGCGGCGUGUGCGUGUGUCCCCCAGGCUCCAAGGGCGACCCGACCUUCAGAUGCCAAACAGACGAAAGCCCGAGAGAGCAAGCCUGCAAGGCGGACGUAGACUGCACUAAGGGAAUGGCCUGCAUCAAUGAGCGGUGCCAGGACCUGUGUGCCACCCAGACCUGCGGGGAAAACGCACAGUGCCGCGUGGUGGAGUCUCUGCCUUUCAGGACCAUGGUGUGCGAGUGCCUGCCUGGCUACAAGGGCGACGCCCACACGCAGUGCAGGCGCAUUCCAGAGGAUGAGGAUGGCUGUGUGCGAGACAGCGACUGUGGCGAGGAACUGGCAUGCAUAGAGAGGUCAUGCCGUGACCCCUGUGACUGCGGGGUCAAUGCCCUCUGUACUGUUGUCAACCACAGACCUAUCUGUACCUGUAGACAGGGAUAUGAGGGUAACCCCCACACUGCUUGUGCUGCCACUGGCUGCUCGAGCGACGCCGAGUGCGCCGACGACCGCAAGUGCUUCCAGGGCAAUUGCGUGAACCCGUGUCUCGUUGACAACCCCUGCGCGCCCAGGGCCGAGUGCCAGCCCAUCGCCCACGAGGCGAGGUGCUUCUGCCCGUCCGGCACCCGCGGCGACCCCCUCACCCAGUGCGUGGUGAUCGGGUGCAGGGCCAGCGCCGACUGCCCCGCCGACCGCAUGUGCCUGAACGGGCGCUGCCUCGACCCCUGCGUGCACAAUAACACGUGCGCCCCCAACGCGCAGUGCAGGGGCGUCAACCACGGCGUCGAGUGCCGCUGUCCGCCGGGCCUGGAGGGAAUACCGUCGCUUGCUUGCAACGAGAAGCAGCGGCGGGACUGCCGCUCGGAUUACGACUGCCAGUCAGGUUAUGCUUGCAUGGAAGGCGAGUGCAAGAAGCCAUGCGAAGAGCUGGCGCCGUGCAAGGACCUGACGGUGUGCACCCUGGUCGACACAAGGCCCCUCAGAACCAUGACCUGCACUUGCCCCGAACACAUGGUUGUGUCAGAUCAGGGCCAGUGUGUUGACUUGGACCUCCCAAUUGGCGUGGGCUGCCGCGCCGACAACGAGUGCCCGAGCGACAGCGCCUGCCUCAACACCCGGUGCGUGACGCCCUGCGACUGCGGUCCCAACGCUGAGUGCCAUGUCAAGAACCACCGCCCCAUCUGCACCUGUCUGCCCGGAUUCCAGGGCAACCCCAACACCGGUUGCUUCAAGGUGGGAUGCAGUGUGAAUGAGGAGUGUCCGCUGGACAAGAUGUGUUCCAACGGGGUGUGCGUUAACCCAUGUCUGGUGAGAGACCCAUGCGACAUCACCGCCGAGUGCUACCCUGAGCAGCACACUGCCAAGUGUCGCUGUCCUACUGGCCUCGAGGGCGACCCAUACAUCCGCUGUGAGGUGCUGGGCUGCCGCAGCAACUCCGAAUGCCCCACUGACAAGGCGUGCAUCAACCGACAGUGCGUGAACCCAUGCCUCUAUAGCAACGAAUGCGCCCCCAAUGCAGAGUGCUAUGUCUUCCAGCACACCGCAGGCUGCCGCUGCCCGAAGGACAAGCCCUACGGCGACCCACGCUUCAUGUGCGAGGACAAGUCCAUCCAGGUGGAUGAGCCCAAGCCUGAGUGUCGAGUGGAUGCUGACUGCCCGAGCCAGCGCGCCUGCAUUGACGAGCACUGCGUCAACCCAUGCCAUGUCCUCAACCCAUGCGACGACACCGCUCUGUGCGAGGUCGUGGAUUCCGUGCCCGUCCGCACCAUGAUCUGCAUUUGUCCCGAAGGCUUCGUCAUGACCGAGGAAGGCACAUGCAAACUCGUCGAGAAGGAGGUCAUCCCAGGCUGCCGCGCUGACUCAGAGUGUCCCGUCCAGGAGGCCUGCAUCAACCGCAUGUGCCGCAGCCCGUGCGACUGCGGCCGCAACGCAAUCUGCGAGAUCAUCAACCACCGGCCCGUGUGCACCUGUCAGGUCGGUUUCCAGGGCAAUCCCGACAUUGGCUGCUUCCCAGUCGGCUGCCAGCAAGACGCUGACUGUGAGGAUGACCAAGCCUGCUAUGACGGCGUGUGCGCCAACCCAUGCUUGGUCGAUGACCCCUGCUCCAGAAAUGCCGAGUGCUACGCUGCGCAGCACAGAGCACAGUGUCGCUGCCCGUCAGGCCUUCAGGGCGAUGGCUACACCGAGUGUCUGGUCAUCGGCUGCAGGGCUCACUCCGAGUGCCCGAGCGACCGCGGCUGCAUCAACAACCAGUGCAUCAGCCCCUGUGCAUACGAAGACCCCUGCUCUCCCACCGCCGAAUGCGUCAACCACGAGCACGAGGCCCGCUGCCGCUGCCCGCCCGGCACCACAGGAAACCCUAAGGUGCAGUGCAUCCCCAUCGUGGAACCCGAGUGCCGCGUCGACGGCGACUGCGAGAGCCAGCUCGCCUGCAUCGACGAGCGCUGCGUCAACCCAUGUGCGGUGCUGGACCCGUGCGACGACACCGCCAUCUGCAAGGUGGUCGACACACUGCCGGUCAGGACCAUGCUUUGCGUGUGUCCCGACGGCAUGGUCAUCGAACAGGGUGGCAGCUGCGACCUGUUGCCGCCCAUCAAGCCCGGCUGCACGUCCGACCCGGAGUGCCCCUCCGACAAGGCGUGCUUCAACGGCUUCUGCAAAGACCCUUGCAUGUGCGGCCCCAACGCCGUCUGUGACAUCGUCGAGCACCACCCUGUGUGCUCGUGCAAGCGCGGCUACGAGGGAGACCCAGAGAUUCGCUGCGACGAAAUCAGCUGCUACAGCAACGACGACUGCCCCACGACGCACGCCUGUCGCAACGGGCAGUGCGCCCCCGUGUGCGGCCCCAACAACGAGCCGUGCGGCGAGGAGGCCGUGUGCCAGGGCGUGAGCCACGAGGCCGUGUGCUACUGCCCCCCGGGCUCCCGGGGCAACCCGCGCACUCAGUGCAUAGCCAUCGGCUGCGCAUCGAACGACGCCUGCCCCGGAGACCGCAGCUGCAUCAACCAGCGCUGCGUGAGCCCCUGCAGCCUCGACCCGUGCGAGGAGCCAGCCACCUGUCGCGUGGCCGACCACCGGCCCGACUGUCCGUGCCCGCCAGGGUUCAACGGCACCAGAGACAACGGCUGUGAAAAGAUCGUCGUGGGCUGCCGCAGCGACGGCGACUGCCCCAGCAAAACGGCCUGCAUCAACGGCGAGUGCAUCGACCCCUGCGGCCUGGAGCCCUGCGGGGAGAACGCCGAGUGCCGAGUGGUCGACACCGUGCCCGUCCGAACCGUGGCGUGCGAGUGCCUGCCGGGCUACCAGGGCGACGCGCUCGAUAAGUGCAUUCCAACGACCGUGUGUCCGUUCGAAAAGGGCUUCAUCCUGGACGAGAAUGACCUCUGCAUCUGCCCGGCGGAGCGAGGCUUCUACGUGGACGAGAACGGCAACUGCGCCCGCUGCCCCGUCGAGAUGGGCUUCGUGCUCUCCGAGGACGGCAUGUGCGUCUGCGACCCCGACAAGGGCUACGUGCUCACCCGCGCCGGCACCUGCGACUGCCCGCUGCCCGCCGAGAAGGACGAGGACGGCGACUGCGUUGUGCGAACGGAGCCGCCCAUCCCCCGCGGCUGCACCAGCGACUCGGACUGCCCGACGGACAGGGCCUGCGAGCAGUCCGUGUGCAUAUCGCCGUGCGCCUACGACCCGUGCGCCAAGUACGCCACCUGCAUCGUCGUGAACCACAAGGCCGUCUGCACCUGCAUCUCGGACUACUCCGGCGACCCCUACCAGAAGGACGACGGCUGCAAGCCGACCUUCGCCCGCACGGACUUCCCGCGCCCCGACAUGCUGGUCAACUGCCUGGCCGACGGCGUGCAGGUGGACAUCAACGUGGGCGACCCGGGCUUCAACGGCGUCAUGUACGUCAAGGGCUACUCCAAGAACGAGGAGUGUCGCCGCGUCGUCCGGCCGGACGUCGACGUCGGCACGAUCGACUUCAAGGUCAAGUUCAACACGUGCGGACUCAUCCACGAGAACGGAUUGGCCCGGUUCAUCCUGGUGCUCCAGAAACAUCCUAAGCUGGUGACGUACAAGGCGCAGGCGUACCACGUCAAGUGCACGUACAACACCGGCGAGAAGACCAUCACCAUCGGCUUCAACGUGUCCAUGCUGACCACCGCCGGCACCAUCGCCAACACGGGUCCUCCGCCGACCUGCAUCAUGAAGAUCACCGACCAGAACGGCGACGACAUUCGCGGCGCCGAGAUCGGAGACCUGCUGAUGCUGCGCGUGCAGGUCGAGCCAUCGAACAUCUACGGCGGCUUCGCCCGGAGCUGCGUGGCGCUGACGGCGAACAGCGACGGCGGCGACAACGAGUACAUCGUGACGGACGAGAACGGCUGCGCGACGGACCCGGCCAUCUUCGGCGAGUGGGAACAGGAGGACGGCGACGAGAAGACGCUUGUGGCGCUCUUCAACGCCUUCAAGUUCCCGUCGUCCAACUCCAUCCGCUUCCAGUGCAACGUGCGCGUGUGCUUCGGCCGCUGCCACCCCGUCAACUGCAACGGCUACGACGCCUUCGGCAAGCGUCGCCGUCGCCAGGCGCUCGAGGAGGACGCCGAGGUGCUCUACGCCAACGAGGCCACGUACGAGGGCCAGCUCAGGGAGAUCACCGUCACGUCGCCCGCCAUCAUCACCAUCGAGAGCCGCGCAGACAGGCUCACCGCGCCCGAGAACCCCGAGGGCGUGGGCGUGGAGGAGGUGUGCGUGAGCAAGUGGGGCUUCAUCAUCGCCCUCAUCAUCACGGCGCUGCUGGCGCUGGUGGCGGUGGCCGUGGCGGUGUCGUGCUGGCUCAUGGCGUACCGACGCAAGCCCAAGCACGCGGGCCCGCUGCCGCACCCGCCGGAGUUCCCGAACCCGCUGUUCACCACGCCGGAGCCCCUGGCCGAGCCCUCGCCGGACUACUUCUCGUGAGCUCGCCUGGCGCCGUCCAGACCCAUACUGUGAUUCCUAACAGAAAAGCGAACCUCGUCUCCUUCGUGGACUAAUGAAUCGCAUGUGAUGCGCCAGUGAACCCAAGCGAGAGUUCUAGCAAUACAUUUCCUGCCGGAAAAAAAAUGUUCAACGAACGACGAGAAUUUCGAAGCAAACGAAUAGAAAUAGAAUAUUAUAACUGUGACUUUUCUUAUGAAAUUGUGAAUGUGUGACGUUUAGGUGAAAAUAUGUGACUUUAUAUAUAUAUUUGUAUCUAUAUUGGAGCGAGAGGCUUUCGCGUCGAGAGGGACCUCCGCCCGAGCGCCGUGCUCCUCCACGUCCAACACCUUGUCCUAAGUUCCGCAGAAACCACAGGAGUCGGCCUCGAGGCGGAGACGACCUCGAGACGCGAACGGAAGUGAAAAGAGGAAGAAGAAAAGGAAUACUAGAGAGACUUCAAUAUCAUGAGAUUUUUUUCCUUUUUUUAGAAAUGUGUGAAGUAUUCGUUAUUAUAUAUUUUUUUGUACAAAGUCAUUUCACAUCGCUCUAUCUGAAAAUAUGCCCCGCUCUGCUACAUUUGCUGACGCGGCGAUUUAUUUUGGGCAUCAUUUCAGCAGAUGGCAUAGCAGUGGCCUGAAUUCCCGGCGUAUUAUUACUUUCUGUAAAACGAGAGACUUAACUAAACUUCAAAAACGAUGAAACUCAAACCCGACACAGUCUUACCAAGAGUUCAGGGGCAAGAUAAUGAUAUCGGCUCUUCAACUCCUAAUUCCAAAGAAUUCCAUUUUUUUGUUUUUGUUUUUUACCUUAGCUUCAAUUAGCUCUUUCUUUUUUAAUUAAUCAUAUGUAUGAUGAUGUCAAAUAAUCGUAGGUGCUCAUGGACAAGUCGCUGUUAUGUCCAAAUCUCUUCAAGUGUCAAAUGUAAAAUGGUAAGCAAUUCCCAGCCUUAUGCAGGCGGUCAGUAAGACAUGACUUUCCGCCAAUGGAUGGAAAUGGUUCUUAUUGGCCGGAUGCAUAAGGACCGGAAUCGCUCAUCGCAUUACAAGUGUAUAAAAACUGGCCUGCCAUGGCGGCUACGGGGAGUCAGGGUGAGGUUCUUUAAGCAGUCAGUGCUGCUAACAGUAGGUAGACGGAGGUUGUUUAUAUAUAAGAGAUUUUUAGCAGACGCACAAAGGUUGAACUCCCCCUAUCUACUUGGCAGGGCCGCAAUUUUAUAAAUGGUUAUGAAAUGUGUUAAGUUAUAUGUGCACGUAGAUGAUAGUAAUCUCCAGUCAAGGAAAAUUCAAAGAGUUUUUUUGGAGAGACGUCUCGCCAGGUGCCACGUGGCUUUGUCGUGACGCUGUCUGGGUCCCGCUCUCUGAUUGGUCCGUCCGUCGAGGGGCGUGGUCUAGAGAGGGUGACGUCAUCGCUUGGAACCUUUUUUUUUACAGUCCUCUCUGUAUUUUUGCCAGGUUUUAAUAGAUGAAAAAAAUAAAGGUAUAUCUCGCGACGGAACUGACAGAGAUCCAAAACGACAGUCGCGAUUUCCUCUCUGAAUGCUUCAAUAGUUAUUUUGUAUAUGAGUUAUAAAGAAAAAUGUCUUCCGAAAAAUAUAUGUGAUAUUUCGACAUGUAUAGUCUUUAGAAGCAGUUGUGUAAUCAAUUUACGUAGUCUAACAACAACGCUGAUUUCAUCAAUUAAAAAAAAAUGAAAUUACAUUAAUCGCUCUAACCAAAUAAUGAAGGCAAGCCAAAACUGUAGCGGUGUUUAUUUCCUUGUGGUUCUUGCACAUGCAAGCAGACUGACUUCAACAAAGGCAUAUUUCCACACUUGUUAUGACUACAUUACUGUGAUUCUACGCCUGGGUGCGAUGCUUUAAGGCCAAUAUGCCUUUGUUUGACUCAUUGGGAAUUUUUUUUACUAUUAGUUUCGCCAUUCUAAUUUUUCCUCCCCGAGUUUUCCCAAAUAAAAAAGAAUGAUAGGGUGAUGGGUCUCACUCCUCCGUAACUCCUUUGCCCACUGCAGACCAAAGCCAACGUUUUCUUUCCCGUCUCUCUUUUUUUUUUACCCGAAACUAAAACAAACUUGGUGACGGUGCUUUUUCACUCUCCUGGAUAGACAUGAGCUGGUCUUUUUUUUUGCGUCGUAGAAAUGGCUUGCCUUUAAUUUUUUUUUUUACUCCACCUGGUAAUAUUAUUUUAAUAUAACGUUCUUAUGCUUGAAACAACUGUUAAUUUGUCUCACCCAUGUAACAAAGAUUCUGUUACUGAAUAAAGGAUAUGGAAUAAUA